GUAGGUGCGGAAUUGAGGACUGUGAGAAAUAAUUUGGAUCAGGUUGUAGAAGAGCGAAAUGACGCUAAGUUACAACUUUCUCGAGAACAGAAUGCCAGAGUACAAGAUGGAAUUCUAAAGAAUCACCUUUGCAAACAAAAGGAGAUAGAAGUGGGUAAUAACAGAAUGAAUUCUGGGGUAUUUUCUUUAGUUAUUUUUAAGUACAUGUGUGUAUGUAUUUAUAUGUAUAAAUUAUUAUUUUUUCUCCAUGUAGCAUAUAUAUAUUUUAAAAACCAACACUGUAGAUCAUGGAAAGCAUAGAGGAUUUUAAAGCAUAUAUAUGUGUGUGUGUGUAUGUGUGUGUGUGUAUUUGGGGGCCAUAGGGGGUGGUGACAUUUUUGGUCCAGUGGAUAAAGUAAUAUCCUUAAUUUAAAUGCGUUUGUCUGCAAGAGUCAAAUAGUGACAUUCAUCAUGUCCUCAUCCAAAGGAGAGGCUUUUAUUACUUUCCAUAAGAAUUGUUGAGCUUUCCAUAUGCUCAAAACUAUUGCUACUAACAACAUAUGUUUCAAUUUUUGGCAGUUACUUCAUCACCUCUGUAUUGAAAGAGAAGUUAGCUUAACACUGCCACUGAUGAACAGGAGAAGAGUGUAGCCUGUUGAGAGACUUUCUUUUGGAUUUAGUCUCUACUUUUGAGAAAAGUAGCAAUUUGCUCCAAGUAAUAUCCUAUUUCAUUACAAGGCACUUUUAAAACAAUUAUAUGCUAAUGAUAAUUUAUUGAUGAGUGUUUUAUUCCUAAUAAAAUAGCUCCAUGUAUUUUCCACUAUUUAAAACAUCAUGAAGAGGAAAUAAAAUUUAUUGCAUCAGCAAAUAAUCUCAUGAUUUUUCUAACAGUUGUAUAAAUUUUACAUUAUUUACCAUCAGUAUUUUGAAAUAUAAGGCUUCUUUUGUAUGUAUGAUUUACACUAGAGAAGAGCUGCGGUUUGGUGUAAGAGACUAGUAGUGGAGUAAGAAGACCUGGGGAAAGUCCUGUAGCUCGCUUAAUGUUUUAAACCUCUCCAUUCUAGAUUUGUGAUACUAAAAAGUUCACUGAUGUCGGUCGAAGUGUUUAUAGUACAGUGCCUAGAUUUGUCAGUUAUCAGUAGAUGUAAUUCUUAUACGUGACUAUAGAAAUGUUAGAAAAGUAGAAUUUGUAUGGAAUAUUGUCAGGAAAAAAGAAUUUUAGGAAAUUGAAUCUGUCAAAAUAAAGGCAGAGCUCUGGAUUUUAUCGUGGGGUAGCUGUGUUAGAUAUGAGACUGUAAAUUCAAUUUUUAGUGUAAUCAGAUUUAUUAAUCUUUUAUGUCAGGCUUUCUGGGUUUGUUGUAAAUCAGAGAAAGACCUUUGCAGGUCUGAGAUUCUUAAAAAUUGUGUCUUGAUUUCUUUUCUCCUUUCAUGCAUUCACUGUCUUCAAUUAAAUUUUUGAAACUUUGGGAAUUUAUGCUUGUAUCAAGUUUGAGGUUUGGACCCCACUUUAUUUUUUUCCAGUUGGGAUAUCCACUUACUGCAAUCUGUUCAUUGUAUAAACAUAGGUUAUUCUUUAAUUUCAGAGAAAAUCAGGAUAAUGUCAUUUUAUUGAGUUCCAGCUAAAAGUCUCCUUUGUUUUACUAAGAUGUCUAAUAGUCAUAAAGAAGAAAAAGAUCUGUUGCCUAAAACCCACAUGUGGCAGGAUGAAAUUACCAUGCUAAGACUAGAAAUAGACACAAUAAACAAUAAGAACCAGGGAAUGGAAAGUAAAUAUUGUGAAGACAUUGAAAUUAUAAAAGAAAAGAAUGUCAGUCUUCUAAAGACCAUAAAACUGAAUGAGGAAACAUUAACAAAAACAAUAUUAGAAUAUAGUGGACAGAUUAAUGCCCUGACCACUGAGAAUACAAUGCUAAAGUCUAAACUGGAGAAUGAAAAGCAAAACAAAGAAAGACUGGACACACAAGUUGGAUCAUAUCGAGCUAGACUAGCUACUGCUCUAGAGGAUUAUGAUCAAAGUCAGGCAUCAAAAAGAGACCUAGAACUUGCUUUCCAGAGAACAAAAGAUGAAUGGUUUCGUCUGCAGGACAAACUGAAUUUUGAUGUGUCUAACCUAAAAGAAAACAAUGAGCUUCUUUCUCAAAACCUUUCUAAAGCUGAAAGUAAAUUCAAUAGUUUAGAAAUUGAGCUCCAUCACACAAGAGAUGCUCUCAGGGAAAAGACUUUGGUUCUAGAAUGUGUACAGAGAGACCUAAGUCAAACACAGUGUCAGAAAAAGGAAAUGGAACACAUGUAUCAAAAUGAACAAGAUCAAGUGAAUAAAUACAUUGGAAAGCAGGAAUCCUUAGUGGAGAGAUUAUCUCAACUACAAAGUGAAAAUAUGCUGCUUCAUCAGCAACUAGAUGAUGCUCACAACAAAGCUGCCAGUAAAGAAAAUGUACUAAUUAAUAUCCAAGACCAGUUUCAGGGUAUCAUAGAAAAACUUCAAGCUGAAAGUGAAAAACACAGUCUUUUGCUGGAAGCAAGCAAUAGAGAGCUAAUCAAUUAAUGUAAUCUUUUAAAAGGAAGAAUGUAUCAGUAUGAAAAGGAGAAAGUAGAAAGAGAAGUUAGUAUCCAGAAAGAUAAAUAUUUUUCAAGCUUUCUAAGAGAAAAUUCAAAGUAGAAUUUUAUUAUUAUUAUUAUUUUUAGAGAGAAACAGUGCACCUGCACAUGAAUGGGAGUGGGUCAGAGGGGGAGAGAGAGAGAAUCCCAAGAGGUCUCCACAUCAGAGAACUCCACCUCAUGCCCCCGAGAUCAUGACCUGAAUGAUUAUGGCUGAAUUUUGAAUCUACUUGAAUAUAAAAAAUAUAUAGACUAUGAUUCAGCAUAACUUGGAUCCAGCAAAUAAAAACUAGACUUGAGAGGGGCUUUAAUUUGAAUAAAAUUGUUGUGUCAUCUUUGAAAGUUUAAGAGGUUAAGUUAUAAAUUGUUAAUAGUAGGCUGAUACUAAUAAUUUAGUCUUAUACUGCAAAAUAAUAAUUUUAAUCUUUGUUACCACAUUUUAAUAUCAUGAUGAACAGACAAAUGGAAAUGUUCAUACCUGCAAUGAGCAUGUUGAAAUUGAGAUUCAAUUAAGUGGAUUCACUUGACGGUUUACUCCAGAUUUCCCACAUGAACUGAAGUGUAGACACUGUAUCUCAGUACUUUUCCUUUGGUAGCUUUUUAUACAUUUUAGGUUGAAAUAAUUUUAUUUUUAUUUAUAUAAAUUUGAAUUUUUAGUCUGAAAUCAUGUGUCUUAUGACCUUUUAACCCUUUGCAGGCACUUUUCAUUAAAUCGUAAUUUGGGACAACUGUGGAGAGCUUUAGCAAAACUGUUUGAUUUAAUCUUCCCACUGCUAUUUAUAAUUUUUUAAGGCAAUUUUACAAAUAAUUUGCUUAUUUCAAAGCUCAAUGACUAUCAUUUGGGCAUAAGUUUGUCCAAUACAAAGAGAAUUGUAUCUGUAAUAUUUUAAUUUGGCAUUGGAUCUCCAUUUUCAGACUAAUGAGGGGUGGCAGGAUUCUUGUACUGUAGCAGGAAUGGAGGCCAGGGAGGGAGGUGAAAGCCAGGUUAUCUAGGGCCUUGAAGCCCAUUAGCAUGACUUCACUCUUGUUCUGAGAUAGUAAUGUAUUGGAAGGAUUUGAGCAGAGGAUUGAAUACGUGAGGAAGUUUGACAUUAAUUUAAGCCUCUAAUAAAAAAGAGGGAAACCAUGGCAUCAUGUAGAAUUUACCACUGCUAGGCCCACCUAUAUACCCAUUUCUUUUUGAGACUUCAGUAGGGUGGGAAGCUUUGCAGAUUCAUCAACAAGGAAUGGAGAGUGGGGCUGAAUUAAUUAUCUAAGUAACAUAACACUGACUAGGCAGGAGGAUAACACCUAUAUGUUGUGAUAUUUUUCGAAGUACAUAUGUUAGAGUUAUAUAUUAUUAAUAUAACUUAAUAGUAAGAUAAUUUAUAAAAUCAGUAGCAGAAACGUCUUAUUAGGUAGCUGUGAGACACCUUCAACUAGAACUGGCUGAUGCCCUAAAAAAAACAGUCUAUGUCAGAGGCUUCGCUGGAGGUUACAUCACAUUGCCGUAUUAAUUUAGAAGAUGAGACACAGGAUUUGAGGAAGAAAUUAGGUCAAAUCAGAAGUCAGGUAUGUAUUAAAUGUAGCAUGUCAACAGUUAAUCUGUAGCAGGUUAAUACAAAGUGUUUUAGGAUGCUAAUUUCUAUGAACCAUUUUCUUUUGUAUUGUCAUUAUAAUUUAGUGUAAUUUUAGUAUCUUCACAAUGCACUUAUUUCUUAAACUUUGACUUUCAUUCUGCUAUUUGUGUUAUACAUUUUUUUUUCUUACAGUAUUUACCCUUAGGAAAGUUGAAACUGAUUCAUCAUUCCUCACAGAAAUUGAGGGACUUUUUUUUCCUAUUGUACAAUUUUUUUAAAGAUUUAUGUAGUAUUUGAGAGAGAGCGAGAGCGUGUGCGCAUGCACACACAUGAGUUGGGGGAGAGGCAGAGGGAGAGGGAGAGAAUCUCAAGCAGACUCCCUGCCCAGUACAGAGCCCCACGCCAGCUCGAUUCCAUGAUCCUGAGCUGAAAUCAUGGGUUGGAUGUUUAACCAACUGAGCCACCCAGGUGCAAUGUUUUUUAAUGAUAUCUCUGUUACCAUGAUGAGGUGAGCCAUACAAAAUCAGAAGAUAAUCUUUAAUGGAAUGUUUCAGACAAUGGUCUUAUUUCUCAUGUUCACUUUUAUGAACGGAUACAGAAUCUGUACUGAAUUUAGGAUAACUUGUACAGAAAAGUCAUUUUACAAACCAGUUGAACUUAGGUGUUUCCUUCAUUUUCUUUUCCUUUUAGAUAUAUUGUAAAUGCAUAGAAAUAUUCAGAUCAUGUGUGGUAUAUACACCCAAAAGAGAGAAUUAAGAAAUUAAGAAUGGGUCCUGCCGUUGUUUUUUUGUUGUUUUGUUUUUAAGAUUUUAUUUGACAGAGAGAGACACAGUGAGAGAGGGAACACAAGCAGGGGGAGUGGGCGAGGGAGAAGCAGGCUUCCCGCCAAGCAAGGAGCCUGAUGUGGGGCUUGAUCCCAGGACCCUGGGACCAUGACCUGAGCCGAAGGCAGCCGCUUAAUGACUGAGCCACCCAGGCGCCCCCAUUGGAUUUUUUAAAAACUUUAUUGAGAUAUAAUGCCCAUACCAUACAAUUCACCCAGUUAACAUGUAUAGUUCAGUGUUUCUGAUCAUAUUCAUAGAGUUGUGCAACUAUCACUGCCAUCAAGUAGAACAUUUUCAUCACCCUGAAAAGAAACCCUUAGCCCUUGAGCCCCCAGCCUCAGGCAACCACCAGUCUACUUCCACCCUCUAUAGAGUUGCCUAUUCUGAAUAUUUCAUAUAAAGGGGGGUCACACAGUGUGUGGUCCUUUGUGACUAGCUUCUUUCACUUAAUGUUUUCAGGGUUCAUCUGUGUUAUAGCAUAUAUCAGUGCUUCAUUUUUUUUUUUAAUUGUCCAACAGUACUCCAUUGUGGGCCAAAACCCUUGUUCAUUCAUCAUUUGAUGCACCUUUGGGUUGUUUCCCACUUUAUGGCCAUUAAUAAUGCUGCUCUGAACAUUGAUUUAAUUGUUGUCUGGACAUCUGUUUUUAUUUCCCUGCCAUCAGAUUUUAUCCUCUGAGGUAAUUGGGUUGAUUUCACCAUCUGUCAGCCUUUUACUCAUGCUGUCCUUUCUGUCCUUUUAGUUUCCCUUCCUCUUGCAUAAUCUUACACUAUUCAGACCUGGCUCAUAGUCUCUCAUUCUCCAGGAAGCUCUCUCUGACUAUUCUAAUUCCCACUGACUUUAAUCUCUUCACACGUGUCUCAUCUAGUCUAUGCAGAACAAUUUAGUCCUUUAUUUUACAUUGGUUUUAUUUUUUUCAUGAUAGAUAAUUUUGUCUACGUACACAUUUAUCUAAGGGGGAAAAUAUGGGAUAUGCAUGGUACCUAUCCUUGUAUAAAUUGAAAAUAUUUUAACUUAACAG